GUUCGUCCAAACACACUGGGCCGUUCCCGUUCUUUGUUGUGUCGUUCACGUUGCGUAGCGGCGUAGCUCUCUUGUAACGGUCACGCGCGGCUCACUUUUACCGAAAAGUGGUCAAAAUAUCACCCGGCUCUUCAAGCCGAACUGGACGACAUGGACGCCGGUCCGAUCCUGCGAGACAUCAUGCUGGGUGGAGGCGGACAGUUCGGUGAUGACGACUUCGACCUCUCGGACUUUGCCCUGUCCGAACUGGCCAUGUCCGCGACGGCCUCGGAACCCUCGGAAACCAGCCGCCACGACGGUCGUGAGGUAUCCCCGCCGAAAAGUCCCGAGUCGACUACCGUACCGGCGGACACUGGACGGCGUUCCCGCGUUCGAGUGGUUAGGCCUAACUACGCCGUGCUCGCUGGCGGUAAGUCUCGAGGCCGAAGCAAGGGUGGUUCCGUGUCGAGCUCGGACGAAGACGGCCGCGGGUCUCCGACGUCCACGGGCGAAGCGGACGACGCGUACUUCUCGAGCCGCGGCAGCUGCAUGUCCAAGAACGCGAUCGCGGCCCGGGAAAAUAGGCUUAAGAAGAAGCUCUACGUGCACAAAUUGGAGCGGAGUGUCCGAGCCCUGACCACGGAGAACGCCGAGCUGAAACGGCGUACACGGGACAUGACCGUCGAGGUCGAAGACCUUACUGAAGAGGUGCGGUACCUCAAGAGCGUGCUCGCUAACGUGGACGAAAUAUCGGCGCUGGUGCGGAACAUUCGGAGCUCUAGGCCUAACGUUAUGACAUCGUUGAAGACCACGGGCAAGCGGAGACCUGUUGAAGACCACGACUACGUGGGAAGCAACGGUGGUGGUGGUGGCAGUGUUAAAGGUUCCAAUUGUGCAGUUUCAGGGCCAGGUGGGAAUGGCGUCUGCGUCCACGUCGCCGACGGAACCCUGUCGCUGGAGUUCUGUCACCGGUGUGCUUCGCAGUCCAAGAAGGCCAAACUCGAGGCCCAGACGGGCUGAGCCGCCAUCUUGAUGGUGGUUGCGACUCUGAACAGACGAUGGUCGGUACAACGUGUCACCUCCCUUCUUCACUUUGCAUGGAAGACGAGCCCUGUCGACCUACAGCAGAAAGAGAAUGUGUAGCGAACUUGUAGCGCGUGUGAUCUUUGAGUGGGGCAGACGCUUUGCUUUUCACGGCUUUCUUUCGUUACAGGUGAACUUCAGUGGCGGAGGCUGCUCAUGAAGAAGGUCCGGGAGCUUUCGACUACUGUGUCUGUCAACCGCACUCUUCUGCCGAUGGUUGGUAUCCAUUGCCUACCUGUCGAGCAGUGGAAGAUACGGCCGGUUCAGAUUAGUGCGCGUUGGUGGGGCAACCGAGCCAGCAUCGAUGCACAUAAUGACAGUUCGCCACUCGAUGCUCUCGGUUGCGCCUCCUUUGCCAGAAGUGGGGGAUGGGAGGAGCUUUAAUAACGCUUGUGACUCAAUCGUGCAAGUUAAGAAAGCAAGGCAGCACAUUGAACUGUGGCCAGAACAAACAAAAGAUGGCGAGGUAGCCCGUCUCAUUAUUUUGGCGCUGGGCUGAAGGACCAGUCAUUAGAAGAGAUUUUUGCUUUUUAGCGUCCACUGCUGUCUGGACCCAGACCCGGGAAAAUGGCAUCAAGUAAGGGAACUGCGUGGUGUUGGUAGGUCUGGUGGUAAUCCUUAAAGUUCUUGUUUGUCACAUCUACAAGUUUUCUGUGUGUGUGUUUUUUUUUUGUUUUUUUUUUUUUAGUUUUCUUUACAUUGAGAACAUGAGCCCUGUUGUGAAUAGCCUUCUUUUUAUGUACUUUGAGAAAGUGUUUAGUAUUAAGAUGCUACACUUCAAACUGUUGUAAAUAGCUUUCUUUCUAUGUAGUUUGAGAAAGUGCUUAGCAUUGAGACUGUGCUAUGUUAAGACCUGUAAAUAGAACCCUGUUUAUUUGGAAAUGCAAGUCACAAAGAAGCGGUCAAUGUAUUCCCUUUUGGAACUACUGUUGUGCUACUUGGCUCAAUAAAUGUGUCUUGUGUUGAGCAGA